UUGUUUUUCUAACCGGCAUAAAACAAGAUGAAAGAAGAGCUGAUAAUCCGAGAGCCCAGUUCGAUGUUCAUCAUGAGAGAGCAGGUGGAUGUGAUCUGCUGUAAAUCAGUAGGAACUGAUCUGUCCAUGCUGGAUAUUGAUGAUUUCAUCACAGAAAUCUCUCAGCUGAAGAAAGAGGUGACGUCACUGAAGAAAGAGGUGACGUCACUGAAGAAAGAGGUGACAUCACUAACUACAAAGCUGAAAGAACUCUGUUCAUCCUGUACCUGUUUUGAGCGAGUUAAAGUUGAGAUUGAACUGGAAAAGGUUUCCUGUCAAUCUUCAGUGUGUGUGACUGAUGGGACCUCCACAGAAUGUCAGGAUUCAGUGUGGAGUGGCAGAGAUCAGUCCACACCACAGCAGCUGCUGGACAAACUCUCUGAACAGAGAUCCAGAGACACACAGGACUCACAGCUCACUUUACUCUGUUCUACUGAUGCUCAGGAGAGUGUGUGUGACAGUAAUCAGGGUGAUCAAACCUCCACAGAGUCUCUGACUUCUGUCUGUAACGCUGGAGAACAGCAGAUGCUGCAGACACCAGUGAAGAUUGAAGUGAAGCAGGAGGAGAUAAAAGAUGAAAACACAGCAGAGGAACAACAGAGUGAUGAAGAUGAUCAUGAACAGCAGAUGCUGCAGACACCAGUGAAGAUUGAAGUGAUGCAAGAGGAGAUAAAAGAAGAAAACACAACAGAGGAACAACAGCGUGAUGAAGAUGAUGGUUUUAUUCCCUCAGAGCUGAUGAAAAUGAAAGAGGAAAGUCAAGAACUGAAUGAAGUGGAGGAGAAACAUCAUGAUUUCACAACUGGAGGAGAAUCUUUGAUUGGCUCAAAGACUAAAAAUAAUUUCUCACUUAAAAUGACUCAUAGAAGAGCAGCCAAAAAUACUUUCACCUGCUCUCAGUGUGGGAAAUGUUUCACAUAUAAAAGUGAUCUUAAUACACACAUGAGAGUUCAUACUGGAGAGAAGCCUUACACAUGCCAUCAGUGUGGAAAGAGUUUCACAUGUGCAGGUGGUCUCACAUAUCAUCUCCGCUGUCACUCUGGAGAAAGACCAUUUGAAUGUGAUCAGUGUGAUAAAACAUUUGUUGGGGAAUCAUGCUUAAAACGACAUCUGAAAGUGCACACAAAUGAGAAGCUUUACAAGUGUUCUUCUUGUGGAAAGAGUUUUGCAUGCCUGUCCUAUUUGAAAGGGCACCAGAAAAUACAUACCGGUGUGAGGGCUCAUAUGUGCUUUGAAUGUGGGAAGACCUUUAUUACAGCCAGCAACUUCAAGCAACACCAAAGAAUUCAUACUGGAGAAAAACCUUACAGGUGCUCACACUGUGGAAAGAGUUUCACUCGAUCAGAGCACUUGAGAACACACAAGAGAAUUCAUACUGGAGAGAAACCAUACAAGUGCUCACACUGCGGAAAGAGUUUCAUUGUGUCACAAAACCUGAUUGCACAUGAGAGAAUUCAUACUGGAGAAAAACCAUACUACUGCUCUUCAUGUGGGAAGAAUUUCAACCAAUCAGCUCAUCUACAGCAGCAUGUAAAAAAUAAUUGCACAAGCAGUCACAGAGAGCAAGAAUCAUCUUCAUGUCCAACAAUAUCAAGUAAAUAUAAAGGGGGGAAGAAAACGCUGGAUUUUCAUGAGAUGUUCAUCAUGAGAGAGCAGGUGGAUGUGAUCUGCUGUAAAUCAGUAGGAACUGAUCUGUCCAUGCUGGAUAUUGAUGAUUUCAUCACCGAAAUCUCUCAACUGAAGAAAGAGGUGACGUCACUGAAUGCAAAGCUGAAGCAGACAGAACUCGUUUCACGCUGCACCUGUUUUGAGCGAGUUAAAGUUGAGAUUGAGCUGGAAAAGGUUUCCUGUCAAUCUUCAGUGUGUGUGACUGAUGGGACCUCCACAGAAUGUCAGGAUUCAGUGUGGAGCGACAGAGAUCGGUCCACACCACAGCGGCUGCUGGACAAACUCUCUGAACAGAGAUCCAGAGACACACAGGACUCACAGCUCACUUUACUCUGUUCUACUGAUGCUCAGGAGAGUGUGUGUGACAGUAAUCAGGGUGAUCAAACCUCCACAGAGUCUCUGACUUCUGUCUGUAACGCUGGAGAACAGCAGAUGCUGCAGACACCAGUGAAGAUUGAAGUGAUGCAAGAGGAGAUUAAAGAAGAAAACACAGCAGAGGAACAACAGAGAGAUGAAGAUGAUGAUAUUAUUCCUUCAGAGCUGAUGAAAAUGAAAGAGGAAAGUCAAGAGCUGAAUGAAGUGGAGGAGAAACAUCAUGAUUUCACAACUGGAGGAGAAUCUUUGAUUGGCUCAAAGACUAAAAAUAAUUUCUCACUAAAAAAGCCUCAAAGAAGAGCAGCCAAAAAUACUUUCACCUGGUCUCCAUGUGGAAAAGAUUUCACAGAUAAAAGUGAUCUUAAUGAACACGUGAGAGUUCAUACUGUAGAGAGACCUUACACGUGCCAUCAGUGUGGAAAGAGUUUCAUAUGUAAAAGCAAUCUUAAUACACACAUGAGAGUUCAUACUGGAGAGAAGCCUUACACGUGCCAUCAGUGUGGAAAGAGUUUCAUAUGUAAAAGUAAUCUUAAUACACACUUGAGAGUUCAUACUGGAGAGAAGCCUUACACAUGCCAUCAGUGUGGAAAGAGUUUCACAUGUGCAGGUGGUCUCACAUAUCAUCUCCGCUGUCACUCUGGAGAAAGACCAUUUGAAUGUGAUAAGUGUGAUAAAACAUUUGUUGGGGAAUCAUGCUUAAAACGACAUCUGAAAGUGCACACAAAUGAGAAGCCUUACAAAUGUUCUUCUUGUGGAAAGAGUUUUACAUGCCUGUACAAUUUGAAAGGGCACCAGAAAAUACAUACCGGUUUGGGGACUCAUAAGUGCUUUGAAUGUGGUAAGACAUUUAUUACAGCCAGCAACUUGAAACAACAUCAAAUAAUUCAUACUGGAGAAAAACCUUACAAGUGCUCACACUGUGGAAAGAGUUUCAUUCAGUCAGAACAACUGAAAACACACGAGAGAAUCCAUACUGGAGAGAAACCUUACAGGUGCUCACACUGUGGAAAGAGUUUCUCUCAGUCACAAAAUCUGAAAACACACGAGAGAAUUCAUACUGGAGAAAAACCUUACAGGUGCUCACACUGUGGAAAGAAUUUCACUCGAUCAGAGCACUUGAGAACACACAAGAGAAUUCAUACUGGAGAGAAACCAUACAAGUGCUCACACUGCGGAAAGAGUUUCAUUGUGUCACAAAACCUGAAAGCACACCAGAGAAUUCAUACUGGAGAAAAACCAUACUACUGCUCUUCAUGUGGGAAGAGUUUCAACCAAUCAGCUCAUCUACAGCAGCAUGUAAAAAAGAAUUGCACAAGCAGUCACAGAGAGCAAGAAUCAUCUUCAAGUCCAACAAUAUCAAGUAAAUAGUUUGAAAUUCAGAUAAACGCAAGGAUUUAAUUUUUCUCAAAAGGGCAGUAUCAUCUUAGGCCCUGUUUGCACCUGGCAUCAAGAUGCGUUUCAUAUCUGGAUAUACUUUAGCUGGAUUUGAUUUAUACCUUGGAGUCAAAUGCACCAGUUGAAGUGAACAUUUCCUCAGCGAUCUGUCCAGUCGCACUCAUACUCCUCCAUUGUUUAACCCAUUAACUCUUAAAUCAUCAUUUCAUGUAGGAAUAAUUCACCCAAAAAUGAAACUUCUAUGGCAGUAUAUCAAUGACAGAUAGUUUUGAAACAAAAAAGCAUACUGAAUUGCACUGAUUGAGAAAUAAACGCAUUGUUUUAACAGUGUCUCGAGUCUGUGUU